GUUCGUACUCAUCAGCACACAAUGAUUUCUCGCAUAUGUGUUUAAAUUGUCACUCCCUUCCGCGGGUUAUAUCAAACAAUUAUGGGCAAUGCAGUGCAUGCAUCCACUCCCAGGGAUGAUGUAUUUGCUGAGCCUGAAACAACACAAUCGCAAGAGCGUCCGAACGUCGAAGGCCCUGGAACUGUCGAGAACAUUCACAAUAAAGCUCAUGACAUAUUCCCCGUGCCUUUUGAGGGUGGUAGACUAGUUGUUAAUAAGGGGCUUUCCCCCAACUUUCAAGUAAACCACUCUGUUUCACUAAAUUCUGAUGAACAAUCGGGUUACCGUUUUGGUGUUACGUAUGUCGGGCACAACAAAGUUUCAGAUACAGAAAGUUAUCCUGUUUUGAUGAGUGAACUUCAGCCCAACGGGAAUAUGCAGGCCCAGAUAAUUCAUCGAAUGUUUCCUUCAGUAUAUGUUCGCUAUAUCGCUCAGCUCCAACGUCACCGCUUUGGGGGACAACAAGCUUGUGUAGAGUAUCGCAAACCGAAAGUUCAAGCGUCUUUAACUCUUAUCAAUCCUGAUAUUGGUCGUGGUCAGUGUAUGGCUGCACUAGAUGUAAUGCGUCAAAUCACAAAACGAUUAGCUCUUGGAAGUGCUUUCUUUUAUCAGUGCUCUCCCCAGCUGCCUGCAGGGCAAGACGGUGUUUUUAGCUUUGGUGCGAAGUACACAUCUUCGCAUUGGCAAGGUGCUGCGACUAUCCGACCUUGGCAAAGUUCGUUUCACAGUAGUUUCCAUGUUCAAGUUGACGAUAAUCUUCAGUUGGCAGCAGAGUUUGAAUCCAAUUAUCAACAACAAUCAAAUACUACCACUUUAGGUUACAAGUAUGAAAUUCCCAAAGCAAAUGUCACCUUUAAAGCACAAAUGGACUCUAACUGGAAUAUAGCUUCCUCUUUAGAAAAAAAAUUAACUCCAUUUCCUUUCACAUUUUCUCUGUGUGCAAUGUGCAACCAAGUAAAAGCCAAAUACUCUUUUGGCGUUGGACUUAUGGUUGGUUAGGAUUUUUAUGUUAUUUUUUUUGUGCAUAUGCCAGGCUUUCCCCCCUCUAAGUGCACAAUUUAGCUGCUAGAUAAUCUUCAAGUUCAUGUGACCUUGCUGAUCGUUUCUGUAUAUAGCCGAUUAUUUAUUCCAAUAUGUAAUCAUUAGCUUGUAAUACAAGCCCUAAUUUCGCAGCUGUAUUCCCGAGUGAGAUUAUGCUUGUUAUAAUUAACAUUAGUCAGCCAGUCAUGUAUUGUGAAUAAAAUUAAUACCUUUGUAAGCA